CGCCGAUCGCCAUUGCUUCGACGCCGUCUCCCGUUUCUUCUCCGUAGUAACCGUCUGUGUGGGGAGCGGGGCGGGGAAAAGCCCCACAACCCCGUUUAGGUCUGAGGAGGCGGUGGGCUGACGCCAUGAACUGGAACAAAGGUGGCCCUGGUACCAAAAGGGGUUUUGGUUUUGGUGGCUUCUCAAUAUCGUCUGGAAAGAAGGAAGAGCCAAAACUCUCUCAACAGUCCCAUAGUGCUUUUGGAGCCACUGGUUCUGCGGCUGGAUUCGGGAAGUCACCACCACCUCAGCUACCUUCUUUUUACAAGAUUGGAUCCAAACGGGCAAACUUUGAUGAGGAGAAUGCGUAUUUUGAGGAUGAGGAGGAAGAUUCCAAUAAUGUUGACUUGCCAUACAUCCCUGCCGAGAACUCUCCCACUCGGCAGCAAUUCCAUUCCAAAGCACCUGACUCAGACAGUGAGGAUGACCCCUUGGAGGCAUUCAUGGCUGAAGUCGAGGAUCAGGCUGCUAGAGACAUGAAGAGGCUGGAAGAUAAAGACAAAGAAAGGAAAAAUACAAAGGGUAUACGCGAUGAUAUUGAAGAAGAAGAUGACCAAGAGGCUUACUUCCGUUACAUGGCAGAAAACCCCAAUGCUGGCGUGGUCCCAGAAGAAGAGGAGGACAACCUGGAGUACGAUAGUGAUGGAAAUCCAAUUGCUCCUUCCAAAAAAAUAAUCGAUCCUCUUCCACCAAUUGAUCAUUCAGAGAUUGAAUACCCGCCCUUUGAGAAGAACUUCUAUGAUGAGCAUGAGGAAAUCACCAGCCUCACUCCACAGCAAGUGGUUGAGCUUCGCCAUAAGCUAAACCUUCGGGUCUCUGGAGCUGCUCCGCCAAGGCCAGGAAGCAGUUUUGCUCAUUUUGGUUUCGACGAGCAACUCAUGCAUCAGAUCAGGAAAUCUGAAUACACUCAGCCUACUCCUAUCCAGUGCCAGGGUGUUCCAGUAGCACUGAGUGGCAGAGACAUGAUUGGCAUAGCAAAGACCGGCAGUGGGAAGACAGCAGCCUUCAUUUGGCCCAUGUUGAUUCAUAUCAUGGACCAGAAAGAGCUGGAACCAGGAGAUGGUCCCAUCGCAGUGAUUGUGUGUCCAACCAGAGAGCUGUGCCAGCAGAUCCAUGCUGAAUGCAAGCGCUUUGGGAAAGCCUACAACCUGCGCUCCGUAGCGGUAUACGGCGGAGGGAGCAUGUGGGAGCAAGCAAAGGCUCUGCAAGAAGGAGCAGAAAUCGUUGUCUGCACCCCAGGCCGGCUGAUUGAUCACGUGAAGAAGAAAGCUACCAACCUCCAGAGGGUCACUUACCUUGUGUUUGAUGAAGCUGACAGAAUGUUUGACAUGGGUUUUGAAUACCAAGUCCGCUCAGUCGCCAGCCACGUGCGUCCUGAAAGGCAGACUUUGUUAUUCAGUGCGACCUUCCGGAAGAAGAUUGAGAAACUGGCCAGAGACAUUCUGAUCGAUCCUAUUCGUGUGGUGCAAGGAGACAUCGGAGAGGCCAAUGAAGAUAUCACUCAAAUUGUGGAGAUCCUCUCCUCUGGCCCCAACAAGUGGAAUUGGCUGACCAGCCGCCUCGUAGAAUUCACCUCUUCAGGGAGCGUCCUCCUUUUUGUCACCAAGAAGGCAAAUGCUGAGGAACUGGCCAAUAACCUCAAGCAAGAAGGGCACAGUUUGGGGCUGCUGCAUGGCGACAUGGACCAGAGCGAAAGGAACAAGGUCAUCUCAGAUUUCAAGAAGAGCACCUUCCCAGUUCUGGUUGCUACCGAUGUGGCAGCCCGUGGUUUGGAUAUCCCUUCCAUCAAGACUGUGAUCAACUACGACGUGGCCCGCGACAUCGACACCCACACCCACCGAAUCGGUCGCACAGGCAGAGCAGGAGAGAAGGGUGUGGCCUACACCUUACUAACUCCCAAGGACAGCAACUUUGCUGGAGACCUAGUUCGGAAUUUGGAAGGAGCCAAUCAGCAUGUUUCAAAGGAGCUCUUAGACUUAGCCAUGCAGAAUGCUUGGUUCCGAAAAUCCCGUUUCAAAGGAGGGAAGGGCAAGAAACUCAACAUUGGUGGCGGCGGCCUGGGGUACCGUGAACGCCCCGGACUAGGUUCUGAUGGUUCUGAUCGUGGGAGUAACAGUGUGAUGAGCAAUUACGAGGCAUAUAAACCUUCAACGGGAGCAAUGGGGGACAGACUGUCUGCAAUGAAGGCAGCCUUUCAGUCCCAAUAUAAGAGUCACUUUGUGGCCGCCAGUUUUAGCAACCAGAAGACGGGCAGCUCUUCCGCAGGUGCCAGUGGCUGGACCAGCGCUGGGAGCUUGAACUCGGUGCCGACAAAUUCAGCACAGCAGAACUUGGCAAAAGCUGACAACCCCAUGAGUGCAGCAAAGGGGCUCUCUGGCUUCAUAAGCUCUGGCAAUCUAAACAGCAUCCCUCCCUUCCCAGGCCCUGGAAUUCAAGGAUUCAACAGUGCAAAUGCCAGCAACAGCACCCGCGAAGGUAGUGGUGGAGGCCGAGAACGGUACAGUGACAACCGAGGCAGCAGUCGCCAUGGUGAUAGCCAGCGCCAUGGAGACAGCAGCAGUCGCCACAGCGACAGCCAGCGCCAUGGAGACGGCUAUCGCCAUGGAGAGAACCGCCAUGGGGACAGCCAUCGUCACAGCGAAAGCCGACAUUCUGGCGGUGGAAGCGGUAGCAGCAGCCGCCACGGGGACAGCCGGAAUAAUGGGGACAGCCGGAACAGCAAUGAAAAUAGAAAUGGUGAGAACAGGAACAGCGAGAACAGAAACAGCGAGAACAGGAAAGACGGCAACAGCAGGGACAACAGCAAGACAGAUGGUUUUGCUGUUCCUGAACCCCCAAAGCGCAAGAAGAGUCGAUGGGACAGCUAAAGCCCCAGGCUCACCACCAAGUGGAAGAGGUGCCUCUUGAAGGCAGCUCGGUCUGCCAAUAAGCAGUCACUGAGGAGGAAAGCAGUGGACAAGAACGUCCCCCAACCAACCUUGGCUGGUGCAUUUGUAGACAGCUUCACUUUAAUGGCACGUAGGUGUUGUGCUUUGGUCAAAAGGAAAGCAUCCCCUUUCAUGGGACUUCUCCAUGCUCUGCCUUUCAAUAUCCGUCCACCUGAGGGACUUGGUUAGUAAGAACAAAAAGUAUCAUUUGGGAGCAUUUUGUUUUUUGCUUUUUAUCCAGAAAGAGGCUUGAACUGGGUAGAUUCCCCACCACCACCACCAAAUCAGCAUGGACUUAAACUAACCCUGCCUCCCUGUCUUUACCAUUGUCAACGUGGUGCCCCUAAACCUUUCUCAGCUGCUUACACUAGCAGGCUUUUCCUGGAUCUGCUUGCCGUGUUCAUCCUCGUUUUGUGUGUGCGCAGUUGUGCCACAUGCAUGGUGUCACAAUAGAAAAUGAUGUUCAGGAAUUGGGUGCCAUCAGCUACCCCAAACAGCAAACAUGUAAGUGGAAUAAUGAUCCCCAGGGUGGGCGGCUUAUAUAUGAGCAGGCCCAUCUACACCAUCUCAUACCUGGCGUGGGAAACAUAAGAUCUUGCUAUGGCUUAAGUCAUGAUUUCAGCUAAUCUUUUUACCCUUUGUACCACAUGUAUCUGCCCUAGCUACCUAAGAGGAGGAGUUUGACUGGAGCUAUCUGAGGCAAUAAUGUGGCAAAUUCAAACAACAAACUGAGUGGCACUCAUUUAUGGGCCUCUUUUGGCCCAGGAGCCCCCCAUUGCCUGCAUUUCACAGAGUUAUUUUUAGGGGCAAAAUGACAACAUUCCCUCAUACCCAAUUUGAGUCUCCUGUCAUCCAAAUUAUUUCUUUGUGGCAGCAGAGAAUCUGGCAUUUGGUGGCAAAAAAACUGCUUAGCAAAGUCUUAGCAGAAGCUGCUAGCUUCCAUCUUCCUGGGAUGGUCCAGUUUUAAUGCUUAUGCUUCUCUGAAUAAACACAUAUGGAACAGGAUCUCUGCUAACCAUGCAAUUGAUGGGGAAAGGCAGGCCAUGAGAUCUUGUGUAGAUUGGUUUGUAAAUGUUCCAGAUUUUUAUGGUUCCCUAUCUCUCUGCCUCCGCCGUGAUUAAAACAUACUUGGGGAAGAGAGACCUUCCGCGUUCUGUAUCAAAUUCUCAUGAUUUGGGGGUGGGGCACAUCCAGGAAGUUUUUCAGACUGUCGUUAAGUUUUGGACCGAUUUCAGAAAGAACCUUGUGCGCAGAGAUGCUAACAACGGGGACCUGUUUGAAAACAGAAUGUGCUGCACUUUCCAAAAUGGCUUUCACACACAUCUGGAAAGAAGCAGCAAAUGUAAAAAUUAUCUUGCUUUAUUUUUUAAACUGUGUUGAGCUCUUUAAUUUCUUUUCUUUUGUUUUUUUGGACAGUGUGGUAGGAUAAUCUUGUUUGCUGAAAGUAGAUCUGUUUUAACCUCUCAUUUAUAAGAGAUUACCUGAAGUCGUGUCAGGAUCCUGUGACAUGCUGUUCUCCUUUAGUUUUCGCUUGCUCUUCUAGUAAAUGUUUUUAUUACUAGGA